AUGGAUAUAGUUGUCGAACGACGUCGAGAACCUCGAGCUGGAUCUGGAGUUGGGGAGAUGAAGUUGGAGCUGACACCCGGCCGAACGAGGCACGUUAUGCAGCGAUCUGCAAGGUAA